AUCUUACAGACCAAGUAAGCGCACACAUAUGUAAAAAUGAAAAGGUUCUUAGACAUAUAUAUUGGGAUUCUGUGUUUGACGUUACAGUGUUAUGCGGAAACGGAAUUGUUGAAAAAUUCGGACUUUGAGAGCACGUCAUUUAGCGGGAAUUGGCACGCGGCGGACUGCAGACUGACCCCCUACACGGCGGACAAAUACCACGGAAGCAGAUGUGUAAAGGUCUCCAAUAGGCAUCAUGACUGGUCCGCAGCUCGUCAGGAUGUGAGUCUAACUGGAGGACAAUGGUACUCCGCCAAGUCCUACAUCAAGUUUCUCAACAUGCCAGCAGGGGUCCCGUACGUCUUUAUAGAUGUGAUAGCAGCUAUACAUGUAGAUGGUCAUACAAAAUAUCAAACCCUUGGUCAAAUUCCCAUGCAGCAGGAGAAGUAUGGUUGGACGGAAGUGGGCGGAGAUUUUUUCGCGCCCAACGGCACUACAGGGGCGACCUUCUAUAUCCAAGUCCACAACUCGGCUGUGAAUUACCUACAGGACUUCUCAAGCCUACAAAGGAUUCCUUCAAAUCCUAACUGGAAAUCAGAGGCGAUCACCAGGAUCAAUGCCACCAGGAAGGCCCCCAUCACAGUGGGGUUGGCGAACGGAGCGUCUGCAACUGGGAUCAGCAUCGAGUUACAACAACAGAAGCAUAGUUUCGGAUUUGGCGCUGGGGUUGUGGCAGAUAUGAUGACAAAUCCUAAUCAACAGGCUUAUCAAAAUUUUGUGUACAAAAACUUCGAAUGGGCAGUAAUUGUCAACGCCCUGAAGUGGCGCCUCAUGGAGUGGUCGAAGGGCCAUAUUAACUUUGCCAGACCAGUCAAUGCUAUAAAAGCCCUACAAGCGCAUGGAAUAAAGAUCCGGGGUCACAACAUGUUCUGGGGAGUUAAUGGACAUGUACCGGCGUGGAUGGAGGGGAAAUCUGCAACUGAAUAUGUCAGUGAAAUGAAGCUUCAUGUUCACGAGGUCGUCAGCCACACUAGGGGAACACUUGAACAUUGGGACGUGAACAACGAGAACAUGCAUGGUGAUUACUUUGAACGCCACACCGGGGAUCCGGAUAUCACCGCCAAAAUGUUUCAGUGGAUCCACAGCGAGGAACCGAACGUUAAACUUUUUAUCAAUGAAUACAACAUCAUCACCAACUCACAGUCCACUACGGCUACUCGUAACCAAGCAAUACAACUCCGAAACAUGGGAAUACCUGUCUAUGGCGUAGGAAUACAAGGUCAUUUCCACAGCAGCAAUAUUGACAUUGACGUGGUUAAGUACAGAUUGGAUAAAGUCGCCGAAUCCGGACUGAAGAUUUGGAUAACAGAACUUACUGUUUCUGAGAGUGACGCGAACAAGAAAGCUGCGGCUUUGGAAAAUCUGCUGACUCUGUUCUACAGUCAUCCUGCAGUAGAGGGCGUUAUACUCUGGACAUUCUGGGACGGUGCGAUACGUCAUUCACAAGAUAAACUGUUUGAAGGACCCAAUUUUACGCCAAACGCUGCCGGACAGAAAUACAUCGACUUGGUACACAAAGCCUGGAAUACAAGUUUCACCCACGCAAUCAGUGCGCACAAUAAGAUUCACACAUCCGGGUUCCUUGGUGAUUACGUACUGAAUGUGAAACGUGAUGGUAACGUGAUUCACCAGGAGCAGUUCUCUCUAGACUCGGCGGGGAAACAUUUAACAGUUCAUCUAACAGGUGACCAGCACGUCUCCCAUGUUGCGUUUGGGCGAUAACAUUUCAACCAUUUGUCACAGUGUUAUACCCACAAAUAAAAAGGAUUCGGUGAA